AUGCUAUGGGAGUGGUGGUCAUACUAUAAUAAUUCCAAAGACGGACAAGAUUGUACAAGCCAAGAGUUGCAUCUUGACUCCGUUAUCCAUAAAAUUUCACAGAAUCUUGCUGCUGAGCUCACCAAAGACCUCCUCGAUCCCAGGAGCGAGGAUGUUAGCCUCGCGUUGGGAACAGCAUGGCAACAGGAGAUCGAGAUCUCAGUCCGUUGAGAGUGGCUUUUACUUAUCGCCGCACAGGUUUAUCUACCUCUCAUUGUCCUCAUACUGGUCAUAAUCCAGACAUCAGAUCUCGGCCUCCCCGGGGUUAAGAGCUCCAUUCUGCCUGUUUUCUUUGCUGUUGGAAUGGCCGACAGAACGAAGAUAGAGAAUGAACAUGGGAGAGGAGCUGCCGGAUUAGCCACCUCUGGCUUGACAGACGAGGAGAAAGUCAUUGGCCCGGAAAAGGAAUCUAAACGGGGCAAGAAGAUGGACAAAACAACACCCAAAGAAAGCUACGCCUUGCUUGGGGGGCUACAAAAGAC